AUGGAGUCUGAUCCUGAUGAUCAGCAGCCAUUAACCCCAGAAAACAAUAUGGAGCAGCUGCAGGUGGUGACCUCAGAACAUGAGAAUGAUCAUGACGACCAUAGGGCAUCAUCAACCCAAUUAACCAGGUCCUAUGACUGCAACUUCUGCAAAAGAGGCUUCUCAAAUGCACAAGCCUUAGGCGGCCACAUGAAUAUCCACCGCAAGGAAAAGGCCGCAAAGCUCAAGCAGCAUGCGCAGUACCGAUUCGUCAAUCACGAAAGUAAUAAGCAACCAUAUUCUUCGAACAAUAUCCCAUUCAUAAGGCCGCCGGGGAUGAUGAUCACUGACACUACUUCUACUACUACUACUACUACUUCCUUGUAUAACUCUCCAUUAACUAUGAAUAAUAAUUCUUCAUGGCCAUUAAUGGAAGCCAAGCCUGGAGACGAAAGAAGCAGCACGAUCAAAUGGCCUUGGAUUCCUGGUCAACAUGAUGAUCAUACGGCUAUUAGGGAUGAAUUAACCCAUGUCGGUGAUGAUCAUGAUCAAGUCGGCCAGCAACUUCCAGUACUAUUUUUCCAAACAGCAUCAUCAGAUUACGACAAAGAUCAAAAGCCAGACAAUCAAUUUCAUGGGAAAACUGAGCAGGAUUUUUCAUCACUAGCCCAUGAUCAGAUCAACUCGACAGGUUCGGAGAUAGACCUUGAGCUUAGACUGGGGCAUGAGCCUAAUCAGGACCCAUGA